CUGUCCCGGAGGAAGCCGCUGGUGCGGAGCCUCUUCCCGCUCUCUGGGCCGGCAGCCGGAGCGGGAACACAGGGAUGAUCCCUCGGCAUAGAAUAGCCAGUACAGAAUUCCCACCUGAGCAUCUGAGAGAGUUUAGUUCUCUCCCGUUUUCCCUCUCCCACAGGUGUUACAGCGGUGUGCCGGCCUGUCUAUUGCUCGCUCAGCAGUGUUCCUGGAGCUGAGCCCGGUUUCAGUCGCGGCGCUUUGAGGAGGAUGGAAAACCCAGCCCGCCAGUGGGUGGAUCUGUUCACCGGUAUAUGGCAGAGCAAGGGCUGGAGGAAUUCUGCCAACUUCUUGUGGAGAACCCAUUGCAUCCAGUAACGCAUAUUGGUAUGCCUUAUGGGACACUGAGGUGAUCACAAAAGAAGCAAGCAAAAAAUAAUGGAGAAAGUACCCACACUAUCAGGAGGGUCCCUUCAAGGAAUGCAACACACCCCUACUCCUCCUGACAAGAUAAGCAGCAUAGUACCACAAGACAUGGAGGAAGAAUUAUGAAGAGAAGUAAUAAACUGAAAGUAAGCUCCACAUCCAUCCCACAUGUCCAGUGCUGCCACACAGCUAAUAAAGAUUCCUGUAGCUCUCUGCUGCCAAGAUGUCCAGUAACACACUGUCAUGUCUGUGCCUGGAACCCAGGUCCCUUUUGCAUGCCCUUGAUACCCUCAGCCAAAAGGAAUUUCAGGGGUUUGUCCCUGGAGGCUGCCCGUGUGCUGAGGGGGGCUCGUGUGCUGGCCAGGAGAGAAACUGAUGGCUGUUACUACCUGGGCCACAUUGUCCAGGAGGUGGAGGGCUCCAGGGAAGGCUUUUUAGUUGAGUUUGAGCAAAGUGGGGCUCUGAAGGGCAGGGCCCAGCGAGGCCAGCAGGAAACGCCGCUCUAUGACAUUGUGCACUACGAGGACGCCCGGCGACAGCCUCUUGCUCCAGGGGACAGGGUCUUGGCACCAUGGGAGGCUCCAGCCAAACGUUUUGGCCCUGGCACUGUGCUGAGGGUUGUGGAGAACACAGAGGCACCUUUAGCACACAAUGAGAGGGGAGUGCUUGUGAGUUUCUGGAAUGGGCAGACUAAGGAGGUGUCUUCUGCCCAAGCUCUGCGCAUUCCCCUGGCCCUGAGCGAACGCAUCAUCCUGGAGCUGCAGAUGCCCUUAGCAGCCAGGCAGAUGGUGGUGGAUUCAAGCUUGGAUUACCCUUACCUUGUGGCCCCAGGUUACAGAGCCUCAGGGCACUACACACAGGGUCACCUGGGCCUGGGCUGCUGCCCAGAGGUUCUGUAUUCCACUCAUCCCUGUGCAAAGUGCAGCUGGGGAUGCACCUCGCUUCCCCAGGGCUGCCUUGGAGCCUGGGAACACACACAGCCUGCAGAGUGCAAAGUGCAGCAGGAAAGCACCUUCAGCCCCAGAGCAAGCCUGACUGAAGAAAGGCUCAGCAAGAAAAUAGAACAGAAACUGUCUGAAUUGAGGAUUGCUUCUUCAAAAAGUGUUUCCAGAGAGGAAGAGAAAAAGGAAGAGAAGAGAUUAGAGACAGAAAACAUUCCAGAUGUUAGGUCCUGUUUGGAAGAGGACCAUGAGGUUAUAGAAACUGAGAAGGCCCCUCAGAGGGAGAUGGCUCGUGCUGUGGUGGAUGCUGCUGUCAACACAGACAGCUGGUUAAUGGAGACAGAUCACAAGGAGGAAGCAGAGAGCAGACAGCAGGAUGCUGAAACUGAAGCUAAUUUUGAACAUGAGCAUGGCUUUUUUGAGUCCAGAGAGGCACAUGCUCCAGUCCAGCAUUCCCAGAAGAGCCCUUCCAUGGGAAGCAGUGCUUUGGUUCCUUUCAGGUGCCAGAGCUUCUUUGCCCAGGUGAAUCAGUCACUGGAGAAAGACAGCCUGACCAUCAGAUCAGCUCUUUGUGGGCAGAGACCCCACAGUGCCACCCCCCUGCUGGCUGGGAGAGCCACACAUCUCCCAAAGCUUCUGAAAGACAAAAGCAUCACAAAAUCAAUCCCUAGUGGUGCAUCUCAGAAGAGGUGGAAGGAGCUGGACUUCAGCAGAGCCAAGACUGAGCACAGAAGGUGGCAAGAGGAACAGAGGCAGCUGAAGAGGGAGCAGCAGCAAGAGGCAGAUGGCAGGGACAGCCAGAGGCAGCGAUUGCGUCAGAGAACAUUGCAAGGGCUGGAGAAACAGCUGGAGCACAAAGAGAGAGCUUUGCAGCACAUGGCACUGCUCCAGGCUGCUGGGGCUGAGAGGAGCAGGAAGGAAUCCUGCUUUCCAGAGGAGGAGGAGGAGGAGAGGAAGGCAAGGCAGAGGCUUCAGCUCCGAAAGACGCGGUGUUUGCAGAGAGAGGAGCUGCAGGCAGAAAGCAACAACAGGAGCUGGGAACAAGAGAAAGAAAGGCUGGAGUUGCUGAGGAGCAGAAUGCAGUCACGGCAGGAAGUGCUGGAACAAGAAUCCCAGGAGCAGGACAAACAGCAAAACCAACACCAGGCUGCCAAAGUGAGAGUGUUCCAGAGGAGAGAGAGUUCUCAUCUGAAGAUGGAGAAAGAAGGCCAGAAGCUCCGUGCUCUCCAGCAGUACCUCAGGGAACAGAAGCUCCUGCUGCUCCGGGCAUCCCUGCUCGAGUAAGGAAGCUGCACAGAGGGUGAGCAGGGCCUGCUGUGGCACCUGUGAGUCAGUGUGCCAGAGCAGAGUGUGACAGGUGGCAUUUGGAUUCCUGGAGAGGUCUCUAAUCUCCCUUUCACUGCAGCCAGAGUGCACUUCCACUGCUCUGUCCUUCACCUGCCUUUCUCCCUGAGAGGGAGCAGCAGGGCACAUCUAGAGGCACUUUCUGCAUCAGAAAGGAGGGGUUUUAGUGCAUUGCACUGUGGGGAGUGGAGGUGCCCAAGGAGAGGAGAAGGAGGUUAAGCUUGUCACAUCCUGAAGUGUUCCCUCUUCCUCACUUCAUCUGAGGUACAAAAUUCCCUGUGGCUGUGCCACAGGAAAUGCACUGAUCAGCUCUGGGUACCCAGAAAUUUCAGCCAGGUAUUUAGGGAAGGAGAAUGGACAUGGCACAAUUUAUUUGCUGAAACAGCCAGAGCUAUAUGGAAAUAUCUUUAUUUUACAAAGAAUUAUGCUAAAUUACAAUGUAUGUAAAUAUAUGAUCAUAUAUAUGAUCAGCUCUGGGUAACCAGAAAUUUCAGAGGGGUAUUUAGGAAAGGAGAAUGGGGCAUAGCACAAUUUAUUUGCUGAAACAGUCAGAGAUAUAUGGAAAUAUCCUUAUUUUACACAGAGUUAUGCUGAAAUGAAUACAAUAUAUGUGAUACCUUAUUUCAAGUAAUGCCUAGAACCAAACCAGAUACAAAAUUUAAAUUUGGCCUGACAUUCUGUAUACACUUAGAAACAUGCUACACAUUUUCUGGCACAUUAUAAAAAUUUAUGCCUCCUUCUAGAAUAUAGCAACAGUGAUAAUGGCAGUUUCUUAAAAAAAAAAAAAAAAACAAAGAAAAAAGUAAAAUGAAGAAAACUUGUAAAAGGGAGCUCCUUUGAAAUCCUGCCAAAUCUGAAUGGCCAGCAGUUGCCAAGCAGUGUCAGACUGCAUUCCUCCAGGGAUAAUAGAGAGGCUAUGCCUUCAGCUUUUCCCUAAAAAGACCAAGUUAGGUCUCUCAUCCAGAUGUUUACAAACUAUUCUGAGACCUUAAUAGCUAAAAUGGGUAUUUUUAAACUUUAGGAUCCAUAAUGUACAUGCGUGAGCCAUCCUAAGAUUUUUGCUUAAAGGAAAAGAAAGGGGAAAGAUGAACUUAAAUAGAAGGUGAAGGCUUUAACAAACAAAAUGUUAAGGUCUGAAAAAAUGUAACUUGCUUCAGAUUAUGGAAACUACGUGUGAGGCACAGUUUUGUGUUUUAGACCUGAAAUCCCAUCAUUUGGAACAGUUUCCACUCUGUUGAGUGUCUGGGAAAGUUGGCUGGAAUUUGCUCAGCAGGAACAUGGAUGGCUGUGCCCCAGACCUGGCACACACCCUGCUGAGGGAAUGUGGUGCUGCUGGCACAUGGAGAUUUUCUUCAGGGUAAUGUUUGGGGGGUUUGCUGGCUUCUCCUCUUGUUUGAGUUCUCUUUUACAUAAAAUCUUGUGCUGGUUAGGAUGAUGCUCUGCCUGCUUAUGACUCUUAACUAGAGUUAAAGAAACAAGCCUAAAACUUACAAGGUGUUAAAUUCUGCUCCUGCUUUUAUCCUUAUGCACUUGGAAAUGGAAUAUGCAGUGAUUAAAGGAAAGUAUAUGAAAUAUA